AUGACAACUGAUUCCGAUACAGAUGACGUGUCCAAUCAGAUGCCGCCAGGCGUACCCCACACGAUCCUCACUAAGCGCGAAAGAACGUUCAUGGUCGGCCUGCUAUCUCUGAUCGGUAUUGCAUCUGCGAUAAGCAUGUCUAUUUACUGGGUUGCACUGACAGAAAUGAAGCGAAAAUUCAGAGUCACUGAGGAGCAGAUUAAUCUCACCGUGGUGGCGUAUUUGAUCCUGCAAUCUUUGUCACCGGUGGUUUUCUCUUCUGCAACCGAUUACGUUGGUAGACGGCCGGUGGUGCUUGUGUGCUUGAUCGGCGGUUUCGCAGUGAACAUAGCUCUUGCUGUUUCGGACGCAUAUUGGAUGAUCAUAUUUUUCCGCUGUCUGUUGGCCACCUUUGUGUCGCCGCUGAUUAGUAUCGUCUCCUCCAUCGUCAGCGACUUUACCACCAGAAAAGACCGUGGUGGCUACAACGGAACCGUGAACGGGUUUCUGCUGGUGGGCCAAGGCUUCGCGCCCUUUUUCGGUGCUCUGGUGGACAGCGCGUGGGAUUGGAGAGCCAUAUUUUAUUUCUGCGCCAUAAUCGACGGCGUGCUUGUGCUUAUCGUGUUUGUCUUUCUUCCAGAAACGAAACGGAGCAUUGUCGGAAACAUGUCAGUUAAGCCGGACCGCUGGUACCACCGCGCUCCUAUACUGCUCUACUUUGGCAAGAGACUGUCCGACACGUCGAAAAGCACUGUUGAGCACAUCGAGCUUCCAACAUACAACCCGCUUAGAACAGUUCUGAUUGCCCGGUACCCCCAAGUGGCCAUGGUUCUACUUCCAAGCUCUGUGAUGUUUGCCACAUUGACCAUCUCGCAAGCCUCACUCUCCACACAGCUUUCCGAGUCCUAUGGCUACUCGACCCUGAAAGUGGGAAUUUGCUUUUUUGCUCCCGGGGUGGCUACAAUUCUUGGAGCCAUUACUAGCGGCAAGAUUUUAGACCGUACCUACAACAACCUCCGCGAGAAGCAACUGAAGUCUGACAGUUCCAAGCCAGUCAACAUCAUCAGGGCUAGAGUGCAGUAUUAUUUCAUUCCAUCGCUCGUUUGUGCAGCUGCUGCUGUGGUGUUUGGGUGGUGCAUCCAGAAAAAAGAAAACGUGGCCAUCAUUCUUGUCAUGUCAUUUCUGAUCCCUUUCUCAACCAUGUUUCCAAUGAAUGCCGUUCCCACGCUGCUGAUCGAUAUGUUUCCAGGACAAGCCGGCUCUGUUGCGUCGCUCAACAAUUUAGGACGCUGUGGUAUGGCUACCAUUUUCAUGGCAUGUCUGUCCAAGAUGAUCAAUGCCAUGAAGCUGGGCGGUACCUACACGCUGAUGGCGGGGCUCGUAAUGCUUGGAAACAUCUCUGUGUACGCUCUUCUUGCAAGGAGCUCGAGAAUCCUAGCGGAUGUUGAAAGACGCAAACAGGAGCUCGAAAGUAAGUAA